UCAGCGGGGGGUUCAACCCCCAGACCUCCAGAAAUGACGUCAGAAUCCUUUGCAUCCCGCUGCCUCUACCUGCCCUGUCCGGCUGGGACCCUGCCUCGCCGGCCCCAUGGCCAGAGGGUUGGAGGGGCGCUGCCCGGUGACCUACACAGACUGAGACAGGAUCAGGAUCGCCAUGAAUGGAGACCUCCGGAAAAGCUCUGGAGCCGAGGCCCAGGGGGCCCACCGGAGGCCCACGGGGAGACCCUGGGAGGGGGCUGAACCGCAGCCUCCCCACAGCCCCCCAAAGCCCAGGCUUUGGAAGGGAGCUGAGGGCUUCCCAUCCCCUUUUGCAGGGGAGGGCUGUCAGUCGGCGGGGUGCGCACUGGGGGCACCUCAGCCCCCACCGGCUAGCCCCACAUCACCACCACCACCACACACAAAAAAAAUUGGAUACAUUUUGAAUAAAGCGAUUCGGUUCCUUAUCCGGGGACUGGGUUGCUCCGUGUGAUUGGCCGGCGGAGUCACAUGGUGAAAGUAACUUUACAGGGUCGCUAGCUAGUAGGAGGGCUUUAUGGAGCAGAAAAACGACAAAGCGAGAAAAAUUAUUUUCCACUCCAGAAAUUAAUGAUCAUGAGCUCGUAUUUGAUGGACUCUAACUACAUCGAUCCGAAAUUUCCUCCAUGCGAAGAAUAUUCGCAAAAUAGCUACAUCCCUGAACACAGUCCGGAAUAUUACGGCCGGACCAGGGAAUCGGGAUUCCAGCAUCACCACCAGGAGCUGUACCCACCACCGCCUCCGCGCCCUAGCUACCCCGAGCGCCAGUAUAGCUGCACCAGUCUCCAGGGGCCGGGCAAUUCGCGAGGCCACGGGCCGGCCCAGGCGGGCCACCACCAGCCCGAGAAAUCACAGCCGCUCUGCGAGCCGGCGCCUCUAUCAGGCGCCUCCGCCUCCCCGUCCCCAGCCCCGCCAGCCUGCAGCCAGCCAGCCCCUGACCAUCCCUCCAGCGCCGCCAGCAAGCAACCCAUAGUCUACCCAUGGAUGAAAAAAAUCCACGUUAGCACGGUGAACCCCAAUUAUAACGGAGGGGAACCCAAGCGCUCGAGGACAGCCUACACCCGGCAGCAAGUCCUGGAAUUAGAGAAAGAGUUUCAUUACAAUCGCUACCUGACCCGAAGGAGAAGGAUCGAGAUCGCCCACUCGCUGUGCCUCUCUGAGAGGCAGAUCAAAAUCUGGUUCCAAAACCGUCGCAUGAAAUGGAAGAAGGACCACCGACUCCCCAACACCAAAGUCAGGUCAGCGCCCCCGGCCGGCGCUGCGCCCAGCACCCUCUCGGCAGCCACCCCGGGCACUUCUGAAGACCACUCCCAGAGCGCCACGCCGCUAGAGCAACGGGCAGAGGACAUUACCAGGUUAUAAAACAUAACUCACACCCUGCCCCCACCCCGUGCCCCCGUCCUCCCCUCACACACAAAUUGACUCUUAUUUAUAGAAUUUAAUAUAUAUAUAUUUUUUGGUUCUUUUCUCUCUUCCUCCCACCUUGUCCCUUGUCAAUUCCAAACUGACAAAACAGAUAAACAAGCCCUCUGCCCUUGUCUCCCUUCCACUGUUAAGGACCCUUUUAAGCAUGUGAUGUUGUCUUAGCAUGGUACCUGCUGGGGGUUUUUUGUUGUUGUUGUUGUUUUUAUUUUUUUUAAAGGCCAUUUUGGGGGGUUAUUUAUUUUUUAAGGAAAAAGCUGCAAAAAUUAUAUAUUGUAAGGUGCGAUGGUCUGGUUUGGGUGAAUUUCAGGGGAAAUGAGGAAAAGAAAAAAGGAAAGAGAGAUUUUUAAGCCAAUUCUCAUCCUUCUCCUCCUCCUCCUUCCCCCCUCUUUCCUUAGGCCUUUUGCAUUGAAAAUGCACCAGGGGAGGUUAGUGAGGGGGAAGUCAUUUUAAGGAGAACAAAGCUAUGAAGUUCUUUUGUAUUAUUGUUGGGGGGGGGCUGGGAGGAGAGGGGGGACGACAGCAGACAAAGCUAAAUGCAUCUGAAGAGCCUCUCAGAGCUGUUCAGUUUGAGGAGCCAAAAGAAAAUAAAAAUGAACUUUCAGUUCAGAGAGGCAGUCUAUAGGUAGAAACCCCCCCACCCCACCAUCGUGGUUAUUGUGUUUUUGGACUGAAUUUACUUGAUUAUUGUAAAACUUGCAAUAAAGAAUUUUAGUGUCGAUGUGAAAUGCCCCGUGAUCAAUAAUAAACCAGUGGAUGUGAAUUAGUUUUA